AUGUGUCUUAUCGCUACUGUUUCAGUGGAGGAGCGUGAAGCUGAGCUGCAGUCGAAGGCUCAUGAGAUGAAGUACCAAGUCGCUGCAGUAGAGGAAUGGAGGAAACAGCUUGCAGCGGAGAAGCAACGAGAGGUGGAGUCGGCUCGUGCUAAGCUGAGAGCCGAAGCGGAGGCUGAGAAGCGGCAGGCGAGGGAGAGUUUGGAGGAGGUCCAGAGGGAAAAGGCUAAGCUCGAGGCCUGGAAGGCUCGUCUACAGAGUGUCCAAACGGCUCAGCUAGCGGCUAAUGAUCACUUGGCUCAGGCGGAGGAGGAAAGGCAAGCUAUGCUGGAUAGGGUAAUGCAUCUCGAAUGA